UCAGGAAAUAUCAAAAUUAUACUAAGUCCCUGAUUUCUGAGGAAUAAUGAACAAUUUAGACACUAUUCAUACUAGACCGUUCAUAGGAAUCAUUGGAGAUGAGGACUCAGUAACAGGAUUUCUUUUGGCAGGAAUAGGACAUAUUGAUAAUGAGCAAAAGAAGAAUUUUCUAGUCGUUGGAACAGAAACAGAGACAUCAGUGAUUGAAACUUUUUUUGAAGAAUUGACGGAUUUACGUACAGAUAUUGGGAUUAUUUUGAUUAAUCAACAUAUAGCAGAUCGUAUUCGUCCUAAAAUUGAUGCGUAUUCUCAGACUUUUCCUUCUUUGCUAGAGAUUCCAAGCAAAGAUCAUCCUUAUGAUAUGGAGAAAGAUUUUAUUUUAAAAAGAGUAAAACGUUUGAUGGGAGAUGAAACAUAGUAAAAAGUGUAAAAAAGAAAAGAAAUGGUUAAGAAUAAUUGAGAAU